AAGCGAAAGUUCGUGAGCUAUCUUGUGGGUCUAUGGAUAGGCUAACUGUGUGCAGUUCUGAAGUAACUUAAAUCAAAAAUGAUUUUGUCUGGUCUUCUUCCCGUGCUGUUUUUCACAGCUGUUGUUAGCUCGCAGUCUGUACAUGAAGUUCCUUGGCUGCCAUGUGAGUUUGUAGACGAAUAUUUUGUGACCAACGAGGAAGGACACAAGGAAACAAAAUAUCACCAUCGCGAUGCAGGGCUGCAGUUUGGCCAGCUUGGAGACAGUCUUGUGCACUCUGACUUAAUAACCUUCCUUGUCACAGCAUCUAAGGUGGACAUGCGACGGUACGUUAAAGGCGGAGUGGACACUUUGCAGUGCGAGGUCCGCAGGCACAGCACAGAGGGGAUUCAAAUGCGCUGGCCUGGCCUGGGAGCGCAGGAGCAUGACGUUUGGUUUACCUGCACACUGCGCCAUACAGAAGGCCUUUUUGUGAUUACUACUUUCCUCAGACAUAGUCCCAAUGUUCCCAAUGAUAUGCAACCAGACUCAGAACAGCGGAUUUCUGUUGAAGAUAAAGACACUAUCAGCACCACAGCUGUAAUGGUGGUGUUGAGCAACACCCCCUCUGUGGAUGUCGGCCUGAUGAAAGAGCAGACGCUGAACUGUGAGUAUGCCGUAGACCACAAGUCAGCCCACCUCACUGUGGAGUGGCGACUGCAACGCAGAGGUGACCGCACCAAGCUUUUCAGCUACUCCAGCCGCACGGGCAAGAGCGAGGGCACCGGCGUUUCUGUGAAGGCCCUCAGCAGGGGCGACGCUUCUCUCAAGAUCCCUCUCACAAAGCAAGCCAGUGAGGGCACCUACAUCUGCUCUGUAUACGUGCCUCCGCUCUACGGCAGCCAUGACAUCAGCCUGCAAAUCAUGGAGCCUCCCCGAGUGUCCCUCACUGUGAGCUCAGAGCUGUCUCUGGUGGCGGGUGCAGAGCAGAAGGUGCUGUGUGAGGCGACUGGCUACUACCCGCUGGACGUGCACAUAGAGUGGCUUAAGGAGUCUCUGACCCCGGGGACGAGUCGCAUGCCUGAGGUGCUGAAGGUCGUCAUGUUCUCCAGCCAUCGCCACCACAUGGACGGCACCUACUCCCUCUCUGCUUUCUUCCUGCUUAAGCCUACCCUGCAGGACUCCGGCUACCGCUACACGUGUCGAGUGUCUCACGUCGCUCUGCGAGUGCCCAUCAGGAAGAGCUUUACCCUCAGUGUCACAGAGGAGAGUUCAGUUCUGUGGUACGUGUUUUCUGUUGGGUUUAUUGUGGCUAUGAUUGGAAUCCUGUGUUUGCUGCUGUCCAAACUACAAACAGUAAGAGAAGCAAAUAAGAGGAAACCCUACUGAAGAAGAGGUUAUCUUCCGCUGGCUUUAGAACUGAACCAGUGCAGAUCUGGGAGAGAUAUGCAGCCGACCAAGUACCAGAUACUGAGGUUUCCAUCUAAAUUCUCAGUUUUGCUGCAUCUGACUUUAUCAUCUACAUUAUGCACUAAUCUCAAGAGACUGGGGUGACCUGUGUGAAAAAGACUCCAGUUUCAUUGAACCUCCAGGAAAAAAUAUGUUUUUAAAUAUAUCUUUAUUUUUUAUGGUGAAAUGUUUGCUUUUGUUUUAUUGUGAUUCCUUAAUUAUGAAUGCACUCUGUCUUGAUAAAACAAAUGUGUGUGUUUGAGUCUAUUUGCUAUUUUAACUUGCACUUAAACGGAAUAGGAUGGAAGUUACUCAAACAUUAUUAAAGACAUUCCACCAGAGGUGAGAAAGAGGAGUGGUCUAUAAAAUAAUGUUUUGAAAAUGUUUUUGCAUUUUCUGAUUGAAGACUUUUCUCAUUUGGCAAAACUUUGUUUCGGAAACAGCAUUUUUAAUACCUGCUGGUUUUCAAUACAGUUAUGUUGCCUGCAUGGAUAGAGACAGUGACCAUGCAAAGUUUAUUGAUGGUCAACAACACAAUAACUACAUGCAUCCUUGGUCAGUAUCAAUCCCUAUGCAUAAAUUAUUGAAAGCAAAAUGGUUAAUAUAAAGGGCACAUUCAGCAACAUUUUCUUAAAAUUCUCUAAUUUUCCCUCUCUAAAAACAAGUCAACUCCAGAUGCAUCAUAUAAUAAUCCAAAUCUGUUUGUCUGGUACUAAUUUGUGUUUUCAUGGUUUUUAUGUUUACUUGAAUUGGACAAUGAAUUGGUGGGCCGUGAUUUUUCUUGUUCUUGCUUUGGACUCUGAAAUCCCAAAUUUCUAUAAAUGGCACUGCAGAAAGUAUUAAUUUUCCUGUAAUACUAUUGUCAGUCUGUUUAAAAGUUUUUAAAGCAACACAAUACAACAGUUUGUUUUAAAUGAAGGUUUUGUUAGCUUGUUAGUUUUAGACCAAAACUUUGUUGUGGGGCUGUUUUUGUGCAUCUGUUUCUUAAGGAUUGAGAUAUCUUGGUGACAGUUGCUGUGAUUAAGAAUGUUGAUGUUUACAUCCACACUCCCUCCCACUCCCCUCAAAGGUAUGGACAAACAUGUGCAGUGUGUUGCAGUUUGUAUUGUUGUUGGUACUAUCCAGAACCACAUGGAGGCAGUAUUGUCAUCAAAAAUAACAUCAGCCAAAAACUUAAAAAAACAGAUAAAAAUGUUGGUCUCUUAAUUGACAGUGAUCUAAAUUUCAAUAGUCACAUGAAUGCAGUAAUUAAUCAAGAUUCUUUGAACCAUCAUUUUGAUAAUAUCUUUAUUUUUGUGGUGAAAUGUGUUUUAUUGUGAUUCCUGAAUUAUGAAUGCACUGUCUUGAAGAAAUAAACAUGUGUGUGAAUUUA